CUUUGUAAAUUCUGAAAUUCUUACUAGAUCACCUGAUUUGGCUGAAUGAUCCCUAUGUUUGCAUGGUGUUUUUUUUCCUCAGCUGGGAUGGAGAUUCUAUGAUGCCGACGAUUAUCAUUCUCUGGAGAAUAAGAAGAAGAUGGCAGAAGGGAUACCGCUAAAUGAUGAGGACAGGAUUCCCUGGCUUUGUGCAUUGCAUGAUGUACUAAGGAGGGAAGAGUCAUUUAGACAAGCUGCUGUUCUGGCCUGUUCUGCACUGAAGAAGAUGUAUCGGCGUGUGUUAGUUAGUGGAGCAUCUGCAAUUGAAGGCAACCAGCCAGAGCAACCAGGAGAAGUGGAACUGAAGAUCCUCUUUGUUCAUUUGGAUGGGCCUUUCAACAUCAUUGCUAGCCGCCUGGAGAAGAGAGAGCAUUUUAUGCCGCCUGAGCUUCUCAAGUCUCAGUUUGAUACUCUGGAGCCUCCUAGCACACCAGAAAACUUUAUUACUGUCAGUCUAGAAAAAUCUCUCCCUGAAAUAGUACUGGAGAUUGAGAGUGCCAUUUUUCAGGGUGAGGCUCUUCUGGACUAGGUUUCUGAAUUACAUGUACAGAAAUUCCUUUAAGCAUAUCAAAGAUUUGAAACAGCAUUUUAAUUAUUCUAUUGACUAUUAAACCAACUUAUUUUUGCCACUAUUUAAAUGAGUUGCAAUAUUAAGAGCUGGUAUACUCCUCCUGGUGGCUUUAUCACAGCUCUGUAAAAGACAUAUAAGAUGAAAUUAUCAAAAACAGUCAACUCCUUGAACCCUUCACCAUCUGAAGUUAAAACUCCCAUUUUAGGAAGAGCCUGCUUUUGAAAAUCCUGCCAAGGGUCACAAACUUCAUUUUAAUUACUAUGUCAGACAGGGAUAUUGGCACAUCUACUGUUAGGUGAUGAAAUAACUUACAGUUCUGUUAGAAACAAUACAUUUCAGGCAAGAAUACGCAUGAUGUUCUGUGCCUGAUACUGCCAAUGCCUCACUGCCAGAUUUUCAACAAGUUGUAGCUUCUGUGUUGGUGUUCUUGCUAACUUCACAAAAGCACAUGUGCCCUCAUGAGAGCUUUUAUGAACCUCUGUUGUAGGCAAUGAAUACCAAACUCAAGAAAUAAGGUAGUUGUGGUGAGGCAAUAUACAAAAUAUAAUUGUGUGGAAAUCCUUAGAAAUAAAGUAGAAUUGGCAUCAUA